GACCGCUGAUGCUUUCAUUUCAGAGGACUCGGCAUUUUGUCGUAGCGUAGGAGAUUGGCUUGCUCAAAUUCUACUACCGAGACACUGAACGCCGAGGUCCGACACGAGAGGCCCUGGUGCAAUCUGGGAUGAGUCUGCUGAGCCGACGGCGCAUGUGGUCAAACGAUCUGGGUUGUUCCGAAGCGCGUCCGAACGCGAGCGGGCGACGGUCCCGGAUUGGCUGGGCGGCCAGCCGAAGACCGGCAUCGAGGGGCCGCUGCACCGAAAGCAGAGGUUUCGUGGCCCAAAGCGGCAAGUGUCCUCGAAUCCGGGGAGUGAAGGCCGUUGGGUUUCUGGACGGACUCUCUGUCUGACAUGUCAAGCCUCGCCAUGUCUGGGGAUUGUCUUAUAAGCUGCGAACAUGCUUCUGCCGCCGUCCUCCCUGGUCGUCCUCGUCUCCGUCAUCCUCCCCCUCACGGUCAGCCUCGAGUCUCUUCAGCCUCGCCCGAGCCCUGCUCUCCCCCAGGCGCGGGUAGCCCACAACCACCACCAUGUUACGUUCUACCCCACGAUCCCUUCCAAGUCUUCUCGCCCUUCUCGCCCUCUCUAAUCUGGUCCUCUCCGCCUCCCUCCCCGCAGGACAAGCUCACGACCACGCCCCGCUCAGGAAGCGUCUCCCAGGGACGUGGUACCAGCCCGGAGACCAUCCUGCCCACGCGCUGUUCAGGCGCGGCAAGCGCGAUACAUCCAAUGACGGCGUCGACUAUCCCCCGGUCGGCUCAUCCCAGUGGAGUGCUGGGUACCCACAGGGAAAACCCGACCCAACAGAAUACCCUCAGGAAUGGCUAAACGCUUUGAACGCUGCCGUCGCUGCGGGAAACAUCCCAAAUGUGCCCGUUUCUACACAAGUCAACGGCGGGAACCCGACCUACGGCUCGCUCGACCCCACGGGCAACGAGGUCUGCUCGACCACGUACGGGUGUCGCAACAACGAUGACAUCUGGGACGCUCCCGACGGCGUCUGGGCUGCUGGCUUUGACGACGGUCCCCUUCCGACAUCGGACAAACUGUAUCAGUUCUUACAGCAGAACAAUGUCCGUUCCACGCACUUCAUGAUCGGCGUCAACAUCCUCGGCAACCCAAACGAGUUCAGCUUCGCGUUCGAGACCCUCGGAGACGACAUUGCCGUGCACACCUGGACGCAUCCGUACAUGACCACGCUCUCGAACGAGCAGCUCGUCGGCGAGUUCGGCUGGACGAUGGAGAUCAUCCACAACUCGACGGGCGGCCACCUGCCCAAGUACUGGCGUCCGCCAUAUGGUGACUCGGACAACCGUGUGAGCGCCAUCGCGAAGGAAGUCUUUGGCCUACAGACGAUCAUUUGGAACCACGACACCGAAGACUGGAGCAUCGACCAGCCGGGCUACAGCACGACGCCGGAGAGCGUGAACGCCUCGCUCACGCAGUGGAUCACGGGCCCGAAGAGCCCCGGGCUGAUCGUGCUCGAGCACGAGCUGACCGAGUUCACCGUCCAGGCGUUCAUCGACGCCUUCCCGCUCAUCAAGAGCAGCGGCUGGGACAUUGUCAGCGUCACCGAGCUCGAUGGCGAGAGUGCGUACGCGAACGCGGACGGCGACGACGGCGAGGUCACGCCCGUCUCGGGUAUCUUCCUCAACGCUCCCGCCGCUGCCGCCAGCAACGCUUCCGCUUCUGCGUCCGGCGUAAACUUUGGCUCGUCCUCGGCCGCUACGAGCUCCUCCGCCUCGCCCUCUCAGAGCGCUGGCUCCUCGGGCGGUGCAGCGGGCGCAGGCGGGGCGAAACAGGCGGUCGGCUCUGCGGGCUCGUCGAGCAGCAGCAUUCACGCCGCUGCCGCGCCAACGGGCACGAACCUCGCGAGCGGCGCGACGUCCGUACACUGGCAACACGUGCUCGGCGACGUGCCGGGCAUGCUCGCGGCGAUGUUCACCGUGCUCGUCUCUGCCGUCGUCUUCGCUUGAUCGCUUCUCUCCCUGCGGUGUCCUUCACCUUCGUAGACUUCCUCUGGGUUGCACUAUUAUGGGCUCGCGUUGCGUUUUUAUUGGACUAUUUACGCGCCUUGGACACUUUUUUUUUUUGCGGACCUCACUCCUUUAUACUCUUCCACUCUUUUGUUGCUGUCGCGUGAUUUUUUCGUGGCCUUCUUUCCUUUACGGCCGACAAUCGUUUGUCUUUGAGGUGAUCAUGAUGAUAUCCGUUCAUUGCUAUUUCCCUUUUCGUGGUCACUUUCUUACCCUCACCACGCAGUAAAAUAUCCUUGACACGCGCACUGGUGUUUAAUCGCUCCCUGUUGGUCAUUCUAGCUGUGGCAUUCGUGUGGGACCUUUGGGCUUCUUUGUGUAGUGCGCGUAUGCGCGCAUGUUGGUCUGAGUCGGGCGGUGUAGUGUAGUAGUGAAGUGUGUGUAAUACAGGCAGCUUGCGCGGUCUGCAAAGGUUCU